AUGAGUAAUGUUCCUUUUAAUUGUAAGGAAAAGUCCUGGAGCAACCGCAAUCUCUCCUCCGUCCCUCCAAAUUUGGAAGUGGGACUGAGAAGACUGGACCUGUCCAAUAACUACAUCAGACGGUUGGACGCGCUCGCCUUGCCAUACUUGGAGCAGCUGGACGUGAGCUCCAAUCAGCUGCAUCUCAUCUCGGGGGACUUUUCCCAAAACCUGGCUCGACUUGAAGAGUUGAACUUGUCCCGGAACAGGCUGAACAACAACGUCAACGGUAAUGGCAGGGCUUUGCAGUCCGUCAACAAACUCAAGAUUUUGGACGUGUCUUUGAAUCGUUUGGGGAAUGAGGCAGUGGAAUUGUACCUACAAAACAAAAAUACUCUUGAUCACCUUAAGAUGAGCGGGAAUGUUUUGCGGCGGCUUUCACGCAACAUGUUUGAAGACUGUAAAAACCUGAAGAGUAUUUCUAUUGACAACAACUUGAUAUCAGUUAUAGAACACGGGACGUUCGAGUCACUGCGACAACUCGAAAAACUAAACCUGGCUCAAAAUAACCUGGCUAACAUUUGCGAUUUUAAACUGUAUAAUCUUAAAUAUCUCAAUCUGAGUCGAAAUUCUAUUGUGUUCUUUGUCACACACGAAAAUGACAUCCCGUACAGACUUGAAACACUGGAUUUGAGCUUCAACAAACUCCUCUAUUUCCCGAUUGUGCCAAAACUAAACCACCUGAGGUAUUUGUACUUGCAGCAAAACAAUAUAGGUGCUAUGAUUUCAGAGGACAAAAUGGUGACAGAAGAUAACGCGCUUUAUAAUGAGAUCGUGCAUGGGACUCGCGCAGAAAUGAAUAAAAAUUACCUUCAUUAUAACUGGAGAAUAAUGCCGCUGAUGUACAUCGAUCUGAGCUACAACCAUUUUCAGACUUUUCCAGUAGAAACUUUAAGCCUUCUCUCGAGCUUGGAGACUCUUAACUUUAGUCAUAAUUGCGUUGACAACAUUAGCUGGAAUAUCAGGAACGAAAGCGAAAGCGGAUUCAACAGACCGAUUUUCUAUUCAUCACUGAAGCGUCUCGACCUCCAAAGCAACAAUCUGGUGUACAUAUCUCCGCGCUUUGUCGAGACUCUUUCGCAAAUCGAGAGUUUGAAUCUGCAAGACAAUUCAGUCCAACCUUGUUCCAACGAAGCCGACUACCCAUCAUCCUCCAGACAAACAAACGAAGCUCCAUCCUGCGUUUCAUUUACACCGUUAAGGACUCUGAAACAUCUCAACCUGCGAGAAAACAACAUCACGAUAUUGUACAAUUCCACUUUUGAAAGAAUCAAUUUAAUUUCUCUUAAUCUCGGAAACAAUCCCCGCAUGACGAUCCAAAACGGGGCGCUGGAAUCGUCGCAGAAAACACUUAAAUCUCUAACGCUCAGUGAACUCAACAUCUCUGAAAUAGUUUUGCCCUGUAUGUCCGUUUUAACUCAACUCAACUUAUCAAACAACGUCUUAAACAUCUUUCCGAGCAACAUAACCUGCUCACCUCUUGUAGAAAUGGACAUAAGUAACAACAUGUUUCACUAUUUGGAUGAGUCGGUGGUUUACGCUUUAGCUAAACACGUCAAAAGUCUGUAUGUUAGCGGUAAUCCGUUUAAAUGUUGUGAGAAUACGUGGCUGACUGGGCUGAAUGAAUUAGAUCAGAUGAAAGAGUAUCUUACAAAUUAUACAAUGUACUGUGGUGCUCUGAACAAAAGCCUACAAAAUCAUAACUUUGGGCAGUUGUUGAUUGUAAUUGUAUUUGUAGUUGUAUUGUUCACAGCUGUUUAUGUAUUUUGUAGAAACAUGUGCUCACUGUACUCCAUUGUGUGA